ACGGUCGCGCUGUGUGGAGUCGAUUUCAAUUCAUUCCAAGAGUACACAUAUCGUUGUGACAGUGGUUUUUAUAUCAGAGAGGAGAUACAAUAAUUGGGCCGACGGUGACCUCCGGCCCUAUGAGGGCAAUACUUCGUGAUUUAAAUCAUUCCAAAGGGAUAUAGUUAGGAGAUUAAAAUAAGAAGAUGAGAUAAUCUUUUUAGAUGGACAUUUCCCUUCUUCUGGAUAUCAUUUUCGUGCCACGACCUCGUGGACAUCAAGGAAUUUUUUUUUUUCGCCUUUAAAAAAAAUAUCUAUUAUGAACGCUGAUAAUCCUUUUGACGAUACAACAAAAAGUGGAUAACGGACAUUUUGAUUGUAUAAUAUGACAUCAGUUUAUGGUGAGUGGUGUUUUUUCUGUCUUCCUCGAGCUGUGGUAGCUUAACACGUUUACUUUGGGAAAAAUUAUAGACAAACUAUUCAACGUUAUGAUUUGGAAAGAUAGAAGAAGAUUUUCACCAGUAAAGAAAAUUAUUGUGAGUCUAUAAUAUGCAACGUGCGACCACGCCUAUAGAACAUAAUAAUGAUCAACCUACGAUUGGAUGAUUGUCAUCAAUAAUCACGUUGCACAGCUGAGAAAAUGUGGACGAAGUUGUAUCAUAAAUGACAAAAUAACAUAAGAAAUAGAAAUUUACGGCGACACCCGAUGUUGAGAAAGAAAUUGGUCAGAGACGUGGAACAAACGCUUCUUAUUUUGGCGUGUACAUAAAGAUGCAUUUUAAUAAAGAUGUCGUCUGCACGCUAUACCUGGCAUUGGUUUACGUCAUUAAUUACAUUGGAGUUGCAGACGCCAGUAAUCUAUCGUGCUACGACUGCGCAGUGAAGUUCAAACAGGUUUACAAGCAGACUGAUUGUGUGGUGGACCCAACGAAAAACCUAAGUCCGAGAGGUUGCCAGGAACAUGAACCAUACUGCAAGGUUGAGUACACUAAAGUAAAUCGGAUAUUCACUCGUUUCGUGAGGAACUGUGCCAGCACAUGCGACCAAAGGUGUACUACCAGAGGGUUUGGAUUAGAUGAAGAAGUCUGUACGUUCUGUUGCAAUGAAGAUGGGUGCAAUCUGGGCAAUAGAGGGCGACAAACUACUUCAUCAAACAUUUCUUGUUGCAUCAUCAUGGUUACAAUCGUUGUAAUACUGGGAUACAUUUUUUAAAGUUCAAGUCCACCCCAGAAAAAUGUUGGGUUGAAUCAAUAGAGAAAAAUCAAACAAGAAUAACGUUGAAAAUUUCAUCAAAAUUGGAUGUAAAAUAAGAAAGUUAUGACAUUUUAAACUUUCGCUUAUUUUGAUCAAAACAGUGAAAUGCACAACUCAGUGACAUGCAAAUGAGACAGUCGAUGAUGUCCCUCACAAACUAUUUCUUUUCUUUUUAUUGUUUUGAAUUAUACAAUAUAUCAUUUUUUACAGAUUUGACAAUAAGGACAAACUUGACUGAACCAUAUUCCACAUGUUCAUGGAGGAAUUAAUCGUUGUUUCACUUGACAAUGAGGAGAAAAUUAGAAUAUUUCACAUUUCAUAUAAUUAAAUACAAAAGAAAUAGUGAGUGUAUGAUGUCAUCAGUCUCCUCAUUUGCAUACUGACCCGGAUGUGCAUAUAACUGUUUUGAGAAAUUAAGUGGAACUUUAAAAUACAACUUUCUUAUUUUAAAUCCGAUUUUGAUGAAAUUUUCAGCGUUAUGCUUGUUGGAUUUUUCUCUUUUUAUUCAAAUCAGCUUUCUGUUUGGGUGGACUUGUCCGUUAAUAAAGUGCCAGCUCAGAUAUAAACUGUUAUUGACAGUAUGAAAUCAUCGAGGAAGUGAAAUAAGUAAGGAGAUCACCAAUUAUAAGAAAUGGAAGAAGAGGAUGGGAAAAAAUAACAGGAAAGAAAAUAUGGGUGGGCCGACAUGUUUUUGUUUGUUGGUUGGUUCGUUACAUCCCCUUCCAUAAUCAAACCAAAGGGAGGGGUCUUUAUUUAAAAAAAUUGUCUCUUCGAUCCAUCGCUUGCCAGGGGCGGAUCCAGGAUUUUCCAAAGGGGGGGGGCGCAAAUUUUUCGAAGGAAAAAAAUGACAACCAAAAAAAAAAAAAGGUCUUCACUUUCAAGAAAGGGGGCACACCUCUGUUUACAUGGCAUUUUUUACAUUACAAAUUUAAAAUUUUGCUUCUCAAAAGGGGGGCACGUGCCCCCCUGGAUCCGCGCAUGUCGCUUGCGAAAGGCACCUGUUAAAGAGGGAAACCUGCAAAUAGCAGGGUAGAGCUUUUCGGCAAAAAAUGAUCCAUGCAUGUGCCUCCCCCUUCCCGAACCCGCACCUGAUGGGGGGAGGGGGGAGCACUGUACUGGUGGAUAAAAGGAGCGUGGGUCAGGUCAAUAUAACAAUUAACAUGAUUAAAGGAUAACGGAUCGGGAUGAAAAUUAAACGAAAUCAGAUUGAUUUUCCUGAGAAUAAGUCCAUGUAAUCACAUCUGAAAUAUUUAUCAGAACAAAGUCAGUUAUCAGAAGCAAUGUUCAGUCAUGUAUUUUUUAAACCGCAGAUUGUUGUGGUUGUUGCUGUAUUGUUGUCAUGAAAACGUCUCAUGCAUGGCUUCAAAUAAUGAAUAUGAUAUCAUUUUAUUUGGCAGAGAGCAUGUGUGGACGUACUUUAAAAACUUUGAUAUUUUUUACCACAAAAUAUGAAAUGAUCUGAAAUAAUUUGUCCGAGUUCUAGUGUGUACAUUUCCUCAAGUUGUAGAUGCCAACAGUGAUUCAAAGAUGGGUUAAAAUACCGUGCUUGUGAAAAUAAUGAAGCAAAGCUUCAAAAUGUCAUAAUCUCCAUAUUUAUCAUAUGAUUUUGAUGAAGGUAUGAAUAUACUUGUAUAAAUUAAUAUGUGUAUUUUUCAAUCCAAAGCAACUACUGUAGGGCUGUACCUAAUUAAUUAACUAAUUAAUUAAUUCUUAUAUCUUUAUAAAACAUAAUAAAGCCAUUUCGAACGUGCUAUGCCGGCAUUAAAGAGAAAAAUACAGACCCAUAGUUGAAAUGUAUUAGAAAUAUCUUGUGUUAUGCAGUAGGCCUAUUCUUUACAAAAGUGCAUACCAAAUUAUUUUGCUUUUAUAAAAUAGUCCAUGUCCAUCGCGUCUUGAUUAUUGAUUUGUCAAUUUUUCUUUAUACUGCUGCCUAUAUUCUUCAGUCUAUAGUCAUUGUUUUUCUCAUUAUUUUUAACUCCUCUGAUUACAUCACUUUUGUUUUAUGCUAUAACUUUAUUAUUAUCAUUUUGAAAUUGUACUUUGAUUUGAUCAUAAAUGCAGACAGCCUUGAUAAAGCGUGCUGCAAAGCUUUAUUUUGAAUGGUUAUUUUGCAAAAGUGAAUAUUUAUUCUCAAUAAAUGAAAAUGUGCAAUAAAUGCACACAGACAAAACGUACUGCAAAGCUUUAUUCUGAAGGGUUAUUUGCAAUAGUGAAUAUUUAUUCUCUAUAAAUGAAAUGUUCAAUAAAUAUAAAUUUUUCAUUCACAUAUCAUGACUCAUCUUAUUUGACAAUGAAACAUUUUAUUAAUGUUAAUU